AUGAAAUGUCCUCCGACACUUGUCUUCGACGAGAGAAAAGGACAUUGCGACUACUUGGAAAACUGUUCGAAGAAUCUAGUGGGCCAUUCGGAAUCGGUACUCCCUACUGAAAGUGGGGCUAGUAAGAUACCCGUGCAACCUGCAGCUGUGCCUACUCCGACGUCAGAAUCCGUGGAAUCCAAGAGCGUUCUUGCCCAUACGAAGACGCAUAUAAUAGAUGUUGACUGCUCCGGAAAAAAGGACGGAUACUAUUCCAGUGUUUGCAAACUUAAUUUUGUCUUAUGUUCUGGAGGCUUGGGAACCUCAAUGUCUUGUCCACCUUCAUUUGUGUACAACCCACAAAAGGGAAGAUGUGAUUAUAAGAAGAGCUGUUCUGUAAAAGUGGAAGCACAACCAUCACCAGUAGCCAUCUCUCCUACUGUGGCGAAGCCGUUGCUGACAGCACCAGUUCCUGAUGCAUCUCCUGCCGUGUCUCAGCAAAAAAUGUUCGACUGCAAAGGAAAGAUGGAUGGCUUCUAUUCGAAUGGACGUUUUCCCUCAUUCUUUUUCUGUAAUGAAGGAAAAGCGACGCCCAUGAAAUGUCCAUCCUCCCUGGUAUUCAAUGCAAGGAAGGGGCAUUGCGAUUACGUAGAGAACUGCAACACGGGGUCGAGUCCAUUGCCGCUAACAAGUACAGUACAAGUCUCAAGCUCCACUCGUGCCGGAGCAGCGCCAGCUAAUGAUGCUUUAACAUCUUUCUCACCUCCUCCGGCUCCUUCUCCGAUUGCACCGUCUGGCUCUCCGCAGGUGAGCUGCGCAGGGAAGAAUGACGGUUACUACUCAAACGGUUGCACUUCGGAAUUUGUGCUAUGCAGCCAAGGGACAGCAACAAUUAUGAAGUGCCCAGCUGCCCUAGUGUUUGACGAAAAGAAGGGUCACUGUGACUACUUAGAAAACUGCGCAGAUAAGGUGCCGCCAACUGUAAAUUGUGCUGGCAAGAAAGACGGGUACUAUGGCUGCUCGGUAGAGUUCGUGUUUUGCAGCGAAGGAAUGGCGACUGUUAUGAAAUGUCCAGACACACUUGUCUUCAAUGAACGAAAAGGUUUCUGUGAUUAUGUGGAAAACUGUGGAAAAGAAGAACGCAAACAACCGUCAAUGACCACCGCUUUACCUACGGUCCAGCAACAAAGCUUGAAGGCGAGAAGUGAGUAUCCCAGCUGCGAUCUGUGCUAG